AUGACCAUGAUCAAAGCCGUUCGUUUCCACGGCAAGGGAGAUGUCAGGUUGGACACCAUCCCUGCACUAGAAUGUGGCCCAGACGAGCUACGGGUCGAGGUCGCAUAUUGCGGGAUUUGUGGCACUGAUGUGCACGAAUACCUGGGAGGUCCAAUAUUUCCUCCUCAACACGGUUGCAAAAACCCCCACACAGGAGUUUCUCUCCCAGUCGUUCUCGGACAUGAGUUUUCUGGUACUAUCAUUGAGAUUGGCUCUAAGGUUACUGGGUUCCAACUGGGUCAGCAUGUCGCCGUCAACCCUUCACUCGAUGAUGUGACGUAUGGUUUGGAGCUCUGCACUGCUUGUCGGGCCGGUCGGCCAAACAUCUGCAAGCGAUGGGCCUGUCUGGGACUCAGCGGACCUGGAGGUGGCUUCUCUGAUGAAGUCGUGGUCAAUUCCCACUGUUGCAUCCCUUUGCCUGAGGGCGUGAGUCUGAAAGCGGGGGCACUCGCCGAGCCACUUGCCGUGGCUUCCCAUAUGAUCAGGCUCUCAGGCUUCAAGAAGGGUGACUGUGUUGCCGUGCUAGGCGCUGGUCCUAUCGGACUUGCCCUUCUACUCCUAUUGAAAGCCCUGGGCGCGUCUGCCGUUGUCAUCAGUGAAAUUGCUGAAUCGAGAAUCCUACAAGCGCAGAAAUUCGGCGCGGACGAGGUGGUCGAUCCGCGACAGGCGUCUCUCUCGCGUAUCGACCCGCUGCUGGAAGCAAUUCAAAAAUUCUCACCUGAUGGAGCUGAUAUCUCGUUCGAUACUACGGGCCUUCAAGCCACUCUCGACUCAGCCGUUGUUGCGGUUAAGCCGGGAGGUGUGGUUUUCAAUGUUGCUAUCCAUGAGAAGCCCUUGUCAUUCAAUCCUAACGAUUUCGCUUUUCAGGAGAAGAAGUUCAUGGGUGGUAUCUGCUACACAAAUGAAGACUUUGUGAUAGCUCUGGAGGCCAUCAGAUCUGGGGCUGUCCCAGCCGAUGACUUUGUUACCUCAGUGGUACCAUUGGAGGACAUUGUGCAAGGCGGAUUCAUGGAAUUGAUUCAGAACAAGGAACAUCAUGUCAAGAUCCUGAUCCAGCCAUCCUUAGAUGGCGUGAAAAACCAGUGA